UAAUACUCUUCUUUUAAAUCCUCAAAAAUAAUCCUUCGAAAAAAGUAUCAUUCACAAUAGCAAUUGUCGACGACAACUCGAUUAUCAAAAUCUUAUCACAAAAAGAAUAGCCAAGAUCAUUGUCCCGCCACGUUUGGAGCGAUGAAUCAAGAGGUGCACUAAUUGUGAGGGUAGAAAAAGACCAUUUUGCGAUGUUCCAGGUCCUCGAGCGGCGAUAACGUCCGUCAGGCGUUAUGGAUGGAGGGAUCAAGUCGGAUCGACGGUUUUUCAAAUACGCACGACAUAGGUGGUGAAUAAUACGGCAUACAGGAAGGAAGAGGGCACAGAGAGGAAGACAAGAGGACGCAGGCGCGAUUGAAGGAACGUGCGCGAGCGGUGUCCACGUCUAUGAUGCUUUCAAGAGCUCCGGCGGGAUUCUUCUUUUCAGUUUACCGUGGUCCCGCUUCCGAAACUUCUCGCGUGUAUCCUCAUCGGUCUGCCGUGAGUUUUGAUCGUGUAUCACUGCGGAACUGCCCAAUCGCAUUGCAAGUUCGAUCAAAGGAAUCUUAAUUCGAUAACACCGAAGAUAAAAGCUUCGAUUCUUGUUAAAAGAUGUUAAUCUGCGAAUAACCGAUGUAUCGAAGAGGAUGGAGAAUGUAAUUAUUUUUUAUGUCGAGAAAUUGGAUGAAAAUGGUCGGUGAUGGGUAGUCGAUGGACACAAGUGUUGCGAUGAGGUGUCUGACAGCGUGUCAAAUUCGUUUCAUUAUUUUUUGUAAGCGGGAUGUUGCAUUUACAUUUCUACGUUCAUGAAGUUAGAGCUUUUGUAUUUAGAGAUUUAGACAUUUUCUAGUUCUUAAAUUCUCAAAGUAAAUUCCUAAAAAUUCUAAUUUCUAAAUUUGAAGCAAUUUGCUAGUAAUGUGAAGAGUGGCAAAGUAAGGAAAUUCUAGUGUAGAUUGCUACCCUACACACCUCUUGUUCAUCGUUGACCUUAAUCUUUUACACAUUCCGUCUGACGAAAGGGUAAUUUUUUAUGUAAAAAAGAAAGAGCCCGACCCCUCUGGUCUAGAAGACUUUAAUGCAAAUCUCGUGUAAAAUCGUACCUAUGUCUUCGAUAAAUUCUCGUGCAGCUCUGUCACACAGCAAUUUCAGUAAAAUUCGUUUCCCAUAAAAACGAGUUCCAUCGCGACAUUUUCAUUCAUGAAAUGCAUUGAUUCCCGGUUGCGAACAAACUUUCUGUCGGAUCGAAUGAUGCAAAAUUGUUGGAAUGUCGGCAUAAUGAAUUCGCGGCACAAAUAGACACGGUGUAACCGUAUUCCAGCUUCAAACAGUUCUGCUACUGACAGCUUGAACUGCACGGAAAAGGGGGAAAAGCGUGAAACGAGGAUCGCAGCGGAUGAAAACAAAAAUAGUAAACGACAUCUCGAAAAUUCAUCCGCUAACGCGAUAUUGACCGGAUCGAUGAUCAUUCGAUGGUUAUCAACCGCUCUCUCGACGCGAUUCAAGAUUUCACGGAUUCAAUUAGCCUGAAACGAUUAAAGCGAAGCGUCGAUAGCCUCAUUGGAUCUCCCUGAUUGAUAAGCCGGUAAUGGGAUCGAUCGAUGAGGAUACUUUCAUGAAAAUGUCGGGUUCAACGAUAAAUUGGACAGUGUCGUUUGCAACCGCCUCCGCUAUUCCCAUAUCGGAAAUUGACGGAGGAAGUGUUUUCGAAUUGACUUUAUAAAUAUUUGAAUAACUCACGGUGAUCCAGUGCGACGAUUACCGAUCGAAGGUGAUCGAUUUAAUCACGAAAAUUAGACCGAACUUCAUGCAAAUAUUGUGAACCAUACGUGUGUGUUAUAUCGAGAGAAUUCCCCGGUCCAAAUAUCUAUAGGUACUCCUGAAUUUUUGACUCGACAAAGAAAGAGCAAUUUAGCGCAACUAGCUCCGCUUCGCGAAAAAGCGGGAAGCUGAUAUUUCGUUAACCUACGGCCUGCAAAUUGAAGCAAAGGAAAAUUCCGUAAAGUAAUAUCGUCAAAGGGACAGAAAACGUUCGGUUAAACGAACGAGACUCGAGAGAAUGAUAUCGACAACAUCUUCGUCAAGUUUCAAUGACUUGUACAACGAUACAACGAUGUCGAACAAGAGCUUCCAGGUGGAUAUCACCGAAGAGAUACUUUGGUACACCUAUAGCAGAUUUAACGAGACCAAUUACUUGUUGAUCAUCUUGUACGUGCCCGUGAUAGCACUCGCCGUGACGGCCAAUGUCCUCGUCAUCGCAGUUGUUAUCAAAUACCACUACAUGCGAAGUGUCACUAAUUACUUCGUGGUCAACCUGUCCGUGGCGGAUCUACUGGUCACUACUAUUUGCAUGCCAGUGGCUGUCAGUCAAGCCAUCUCGAUGGUGUGGACCUACGGGGAGGUCAUGUGCAAACUUUCGUCCUAUCUUCAGGGUGUUGCCGUGGCCGCUUCAGUUUUCACCAUCACGGCGAUGAGCAUCGACAGAUACCUAGCGAUCAGAAGUCCCAUGGCGUUUCGUCGAGUGUUCAAUCGGAAAAGUACUGUCUUCGUCAUCGUGGCCCUUUGGCUGGUCGCUUUAAUUAUAUUUGCUCCCGUUUUAAAAGCGAUGACCCUGCGGGACCCGUCCCAAGAACUUAGCAACAUUACUUUGCACGGUUCGUGGAUAAUGGCGGGGAAUUUCUCCGAGAACAUAUCUCCCAUGUCACAGCGGCCGCCUCCGUUCUACGUGUGCUGGGAGGACUACAAACUUUUGGGCGUUCGAGAGCACCUUUUCGGCACCGUUUGCUUCGUGUUGGUUUAUGCCAUUCCCGGUUUCGUCGUGAUACUCUCUUACUCCAUGAUGGGUCGAACACUGUGCUCCAGAAAACCGCCUUUCGAUUGUGACAGCGUCAAGGGAAGCGCCAGUUCGCAACAGAGUUUCAGACUCGUGCGCGAGAGACGUCGAAUCGCUUGGAUAUUGCUUCUUCUGGCGGUGCUUUUCGCUUUGUGUUGGCUACCGUACAACGUUCUAAUGCUGUUGAUCGACCUGAGCGUAAUAGGAGAAGAGACAGUUACAACGGACGCUCUCUCAUAUUGCCUGUUUCUGGGACACGCGAACAGCGCGUUGAAUCCUGUAGUGUAUUGCUUCAUGACUCGCAAUUUUCGACGAAGCGUCGCCGAGAUACUCCGUCGUGGACCUCGUGCGUUGGCGCGACGAAGACCUCGCCGAAAAAGUGUUCAAGGAACCGCCGUGAUAGAUGACAUGUGCGCAGGGUGUAACGCUGGAGGCACCAUGAGACGAGGCUUGCUACGAAAGCGGCGAAUGUUGCCCGGCUGCGGAUGUGGAUUACCUAUCGGUGGACAUCACGCGGUUUUGACCGUCAAACGUACCGCCACGUCCAGCAGUGGAUACGAUAGUUUUUACAGUAGACACAGUCCCCACAGACGUUGCUAUAUGCUCCAAAGUAUUCGUAAAAAGCCGCACGUACCGGUGGACCAGGCGCAGAAUGCUAACAAACGGCAAGAAACCAGUUACCAAAAGAACGUGACUACUAGUCAGCCACGUGUUAACACUCUCGUUACCACGGACGAGCAACGUUGAAUACAUAAAUACGUAAUAUAGUAGUGGUCCAAUUAUUAUAAAUGUUCCGAAGAAUUUUAAAGCUGAAAGUAAUUUAUGUACAUAAAGGAGGAAAUCAGGCAGGGUUGGUUUACGUGAAUAAAUUUUAUUC